AAAAUAUAAAUUAGUUUGCGGGAGGCGGGUGCUGGCGACGUACAGUUCAAAUGUUUGAUUGGAAGACGACUAUACUGUUUAAUCUUUGCACCGGGUACAGUCAAAGCUGAAAAUAUAUUGUUUCGUUGUGUCAUUGUGUAAUCAGUAAUGUGUGAGCGUUUUGUUCGAACUUGAACUUGUGUUGCGUCAUACUCGCUAAGAUCGCGCGCGUGAAACUCGUAUUCAGUGGAGGUUAUUUAGCCGGUCGGUGGCGGCGUGCUAUAUUUAUUUUGCGAACGAUAUUUUCACUAGAUAAGCCACCGCGAAACAAUAAUGGGUGAUAAAGGGUUCUUAAUACAGAAGCCUGGCUUCGCGACGACAGCUAUUCAUGCUGGCCAGGACCCAAGCAAAUGGAAAUCUGCAGCAGUUGUUACACCAAUUGUGAUGUCCACUACAUUCAAACAACCAGCACCGGCGGAGCAUACAGGGUUUGAGUAUGGCAGAUCUGGCAACCCCACGAGAAAUGCUCUUGAGGAAUGCUUGGCUGCCAUGGAAGGCGCGAAGCAUGCUUUGACAUUUGCUUCAGGACUGGGAGCGACCACUACAAUCGCGUCUUUGUUAAGCCAGGGCGAUCACAUUAUAUCCAGCGAUGAUGUGUACGGCGGAACAAACAGGCUAUUCAGGCAAGUCAUUAGUCGGCUCGGCAUUGAGGUGUCAUACACUGACUUCACGGACAUCAAUCAGGUUAAAACUGCACUUAAGAAAAAUACGAAGUUAUUAUGGCUUGAAACACCCACAAACCCUCUUAUAAAAGUGGUGGAUAUAGCAGCCUUAUCGAGACUAGUGAAGAGUCAGGGAGAUGUCAUUGUAGUUGUUGACAACACUUUCCUGACCUCGUAUUUACAAAGACCUUUGGACUUCGGAGCAGACAUUGUCGUCUAUUCUUUAACCAAGUAUAUGAAUGGACACUCGGAUGUUAUUAUGGGUGCAGCUGUCCUGAAUGACGAUGAUCUGCAUAAGAGACUGCGUUUCUUACAAAAUGCAAUGGGUGUUGUGCCUUCGCCGAUGGACUGCUAUCUAGUUAACAGAAGCCUGAAGACGCUGGCGUUACGUAUGGAGCAACACAAGAAGUCUGCACUAACCAUUGCUCAAUGGUUGGAGAAACAUCCAAGAAUCACUGAAGUUUUUCACCCAGGUCUUCCGACGCACCCUCAACAUGAAAUAGCGAAGAAACAGAUGACGGGCCAUUCUGGAACAUUCAGCUUCAGGCACAGCGGGGGUCUCGAAGAGUCCAGGAAAUUCCUCAGUUCACUUCAAGUUUUCAUUUUGGCUGAGAGCUUAGGAGGAUACGAGAGCCUCGCCGAGUUGCCGUCAUUGAUGACGCAUGCCUCGUUGCCAGCGGAAGCGCGUGAACUGUUGGGAGUCAACGACACACUGAUCAGACUCUCCGUCGGUUUAGAGGAUGUCGAUGAUUUGAUAGACGAUAUCGAUCAGGCGCUGAAACAAGCAUUUGAAUAAUAUAUUUUUAACGUAUUUUUAUGACACUGUAUUUGAUAUACAACGUUAUUUUAUAAUAAUCGGGUACUUGACCGUAAAAUUCGACAUUUUAUUUAUUUAAUAUAAACAAUAAUAUAUUAUCUUAUAUCAUUUUACAUCCAGACUUAUGACAGCUGUGAAAACGUUGAAAAAAAAUAGAUUUCUAGAACUAACCUCUAUUUUGAGGAAUUCACGCACACAUAACACAAAGUGUCAUACAAAUCGUGAGUGUAAGACGAUGGUUGUCACUCACACUAAACUAAUAAUCCUGAACUGUUAUUAUCGGCUGUCUAAUAGCAAGAGACUCUAUCUAUACGUAUAAAUUAUCUAAGAAUCAUAUUUUAGUAACCAGAUACCUAUAGGGUUGCAAACUUUUUCUGUUGGAAGUAGAGUACUUUUGUCUGAUUUCAGAGAUUAUUUCUUCCAACCACAUGUCACAUUGACAUUAACUAUAUUUGACAUGACUGAUCGUUGCAUUUUUCCGAGUCGGUCGAAUUUGUUCGAGCUUUGGGACAAACUAUUUCAGUACCUAUAUAGAAUUUCUAUUUUUGUAACAUGUUAAUUGCCACCGGCGUGUGCUAAAUAGUCAGCUAACAUCAGAAAGUAUUUUAGUUUCCUCCAUUAGUUCUAGUAAAAAGAACACUACAUGAAAUAGAGUACAAUUAACUAUUCUCGAUUUAAGAAAACGGCUGGCAACCAACUUGAUAGAUAAUUUUAUGACUUUCACACGAAAGUCUGUCCAAUCAGCUUUAAAAUGUUACUGAAUUGUGUUGAAGAUAUGUUUGAAAUAAUAUAAUUAAUGAAUGAAAUAAUAUGGUGAGCAACUUGUAUUGGUUACAUAAUUAUACAGAGUUAAAAAUUAUAAAUUAUAAUGUGAACACAGGAUGUAGCCAACUCUAUUAAUAUUUAAAUUGUAUUUUAUUCUGUUAUUUAAAUUAAAGUUCUGGCAUUGGUA